UGGAUUCGUCUUACAACGUCUACGCUUAUUCGAUUACAAUGUAUGGCAGAAUCUGCGAAUAUCUACUCUCCCAUGCCUGCAUUUGUCUCGACUACGAGAUCAAUGAGUGAUGAGCGAGAAGAUUUGGAUCAUGAGGUGCCAGAAGGGUUUGCUCCAUCUGCACCACCCCCACUGCAGUCGCAUGGAGCAAGGAGCUGCGACUAUGGGCACGUUUGCUUCUCGUUACCUUCAACACCAACAAUUAGAAUUCCACCUCCAGUGGCGCCGCCGUCUCGACCAACAAACAACAAGAAAGUGAAAAGCCAGUUUUCAGCCGAUUCUCCGCCAACACUUCCACCACGCAUUGCUCCAUCUGUGCAAAUUCCGAAUUCGCAAACAGCGGUGAACAAUCAUUAUUCAAUAUACGACCAUCCAAAGAAUCAACCUUCCACAUCGCCUACCGCUUCACCAACUGCUGCGCCUCGAGAAAACCGCUCACCGGACUCAUCUGAUCACUUAUAUAGCACUUUGGAGUCACCGUCAUUGUUAGACGCCGAAGUUCCAGCCCCAGCGACAGCGGAUGUAUCUGUGACACCGGUGAAGCGGGGUUACUCAGUUCCAUGUGGAACUUUGAACAUCAAAUUAACACGACAGCGAUGUGUUACCAGUGAUGGUUCCUCACCUCGAUAUGCUUCGCCCUGUGGAACACUCACUACAGUUGCAACAUCGGAAAAAGACCCAACUUGUCAGAAUAACACCUUGGAUAAUGUGAACCUGACGAUCCAUGAAGUGCCAUAUGGGAAAGUGUACAAAUUGCAAAAAAUGGGCGAUAAAUUUGAUGCCGGCCUCAUCUUGCACAAACAUAAAAUCAGGCUGGCCGAUGUGCUUGAAGGAUCAUUGGUUUGGAAUGUUGGUAUCCGUGCAACAGUGCCUGCUGUCACUCAUUCAGGCUCAGCACCAGCGUGCAUCACAUGCAUCAAUGGGCAAGCAUUGAAUUUGUUUUCAAAAAAUGACGAGAUUUUAAAACGAAUUGAUUCUUUGCCUAACUCUACUAGCUUUAGUGUCAUAGUGCAACCGUAUGAUUUUGUGAAGUUACUGAAGAAAAAUCUGCAAAAAAUGAAAAAUUUCGAUGAAUUUCUUUAUUAG